AUGUCAGAGCGGAAACACAAACGCUCAUUAUCAAAGAGGGAAGAGGAGGAGGAGGAGAAGGAGACCACAGAGGAGAGGAGGACGCCUUUAGUGUCUCACAGCCUCAACACCAACAACACAACACAACAGGCAUGUUUGAAAUCAGCUGCACACUACGGUGGCCCUGAAGGAACGAAAUGA